AUGCUCUGGCUUCCCAACGAACUGCUCUCGCGCAUCGCUGAAUUCACGCUGGAUGAAGAUAUCCCAUCUUUGCGUCUCACCUGCAAACAUCUGAAGCGAAUCACCAGCAAGCACUUCAUCAGUGCGUUCGUCAGAGAAAUUCACUUUUCUACCACUUUUGAGGGCAUUCAGCGUCUUGAGCAGAUCGUUCAACAUGCCGAGUUCGGCCCGAGUAUUGAAAGAUGCAUGGCAACAGUGGAUGGGAGUCUGGUGCUUAGCUCGCUACGUGGCCCAGUAGUUCGACGCCGUUACCGCGAAAGAUUGCUGAGAAUACAGCAAGCCCUCUCCAGAAUCGCACACCAUGAACACGGCCUCGAGCUUGGUAUCACUUGCCGCCACCAAAGUUCUUCUAUAUUGGAAAAGGCCUGGAGGGCUGCCACAUUGAUGUCCAACGCAAAACCGACCAGUGUAAUACUCAGAUCUUUCAUCAUCGACCUUGAAAAACUAUCAGUGAUAGACAUACCGGGUAUCAGAGCUUGUCUGACUGAGCUGCCGACGUUCUUGAUCAACAACGACCUAAUUGAGAGCGACGUGAUCGUGCGCUUUCCAAACCGUGGUGAAGCUACAGCAAGUCCCUCAAUGCCUCAGUUGAUCACCACCAGAGACGGAACUUGCAUCAAGCUCAGUGACAUGGUACCUCAUGAUGAUCUGCAUUGCCUUGCCAUACUAUGGCUACUUGUGCUUGGGGACCAGCUCAAAGAGUUGCACAUCAUCAGCUGCAAGCUUCUCAUCAGUGACUUCAGGUUGCUUUUCAGUCUCGUUGUUAGCCACUCCUUGCGACUCGAAAUCAAGGACUGUCAGUUCGAUCACACAUGGACAGAGCACGACUCAAAUCUGCUCAAAGAAUUUCUUUGCUGCAGGGAUUCUGGUUUGAGCUCCUGUCACCUGAGCAACCUCACGAGCAAUUCGGGCCCGAUCCUUGCGGACGAAUUCGAAGCUUCCAGCCUCUAUGAGAUUCGCGAGCGUAUCAACACCCUCAAAUUUCUUGAGCAAGCCAGUGUGGACGAGGAAGCAAACCGAGUCGUGAAGUUCACGGAGGGAUCACAAGAAAUCGACGAACAAUAG